CUCUUCCGCGGGAGACGUACGACGUGCGCUGUACGUGACUGCAGGUUGCUAAGGAGCCGGUGCGGAGGGAGACGUGGAGUUGCUGAUGGAGAGUGUUGCUUCUGCUGUUCCACCUUGUGGUGAUAUUGAGGAUGGCAAGGAGAAUAUAGAUCCACCAUUCCCAGGGACUCAAGUCACUGAACCUUCUAAAGCCCAUGGAACUUCCCAUGCUCCGAUCGCUCAGCAAGAGGGCCAUGAUCAUCAGUUGCAGCAUCAGCUCGUAGAGCAGCAGCACUUGUUAGAAGGGGCAGAGCGGAGACAAGAGGAAGAGCAACCUAGACCUCGGCGGGGAGGAUGGACCAAAGGACGGAAGCGGAAGAGAAGCCCCCGUGAUAACAAUGCACCCAAAGCACCCCUUACAGGUUAUGUACGCUUCAUGAAUGAAAGGCGGGAGCAGUUAAGAGCUGAGCGCCCAGAUGUUCCAUUUCCAGAAAUUACCAGAAUUGUUGGCAGUGAGUGGAGCAAGUUGCCUGCUCAUGAGAAACAGCGUUUCUUGGAUGAAGCAGAUAGAGACAAAGAACGGUAUACAAAGGAGCUGCAGCAGUACCAGAAAACAGAGGCUUUCCGUUCAUACAGCCGCAAAUCACAGAACCGUCAAAAAGGGAGGCAACAGAGGCAGGAAGGAUCCCGUACAAUGCCCACUGACCCUGAGAAAGAAUCUGUUUUGAAGGAGAGAUCAGUAUUUGAAAUUCCUAUUUUCACAGAAGAAUUUCUGAAUCACAGCAAAGCACGGGAAACCGAGUUAAGACAGCUCAGGAAAUCCAACAUGGAGUAUGAGGAACGGAACGCAGCGCUGCAGAAGCAUGUGGAAAGCAUGCGAUCUGCAGUGCAGAGACUGGAGGCUGAGCUGCAGCAAGAACAGGGGAGGAGCAGUCUGCUACAACAGCAUUUACAAAAUGUUCGCCAGACUCUUGCACACUGCCUGCAAGCCAUCCCUAUCCCAGGUACCACUGAGACACCAACCUUGGAGACAAUUGACUCAUAUAUGAGCCGCCUGCAAAGUGCCGUGCUUACGCACCCCAAGGAGAGCGAGGCUCUUAUCUCUGGCGUCAUAGAAGUGUUAAGUCAGCUGGAGGGUUGAGGAUAAAUCUCACGCUCCUUGCAACCAAAAGGACCUUCAUGUUUGACCUUUUUGCUGAUGGAGGGGCUUGCAGCAACUAGCAGAAUAAAGACAUAAAGAGGAUUAAAAGAACGCUCUGAACUAAAGCAAAUACUACUUUCUCUAUCUCACACAGCACAUGAAUAGCAGAGCUGCAUAUACAGUUUGUCAAUAAAGUGAUCAUGUUUUAUGUUGAUUUGAUAUUAUUGAUAACUCCCUCUUAUUGAUUAUUGCUAUGUAAACAUUGCUGUUUUGUGCCAUUUGUUCAACAAGGUGGAAAAAUUUCUCUCCGGUUUAUAAACCAGUCAGGUCAGCCUAGAAUCUAGGGAAAAUGUUCUUUUAAUGGCAUCA